GUGGUAGCGGGAAAAUCUUUGGCGCGUGAUAGAUGCCGCAGCUGGGAGGCACUUGCUCCGAAAAAUAGAAUGAAGGGUGUCGAUCCAGGAGGUGAGGAACGGAUAGUGAUAACAGCCGCACAACAGGUUGCCACGUCCAGCCCCAGAAUGAUCCGCCCGCGGUGACGUCGUGAAAGGUUGAUUCACCUUAGGAGCGUUGUAUACAAAGCAAAACAGCAAAAGCUGGUAAAGGACCUGACGCAUUGCUACGACGAACGUAGAAGAGGCCUCCAGCACCAGUGCGGCUAGUGCUGGAGCACAAGUACUGCUCUAAUAUCCUCCUGCAAAUUUUUCCACGAGACUGCAACGCUAUGCGUGGCGAACUUGCCCGUCGGCUGCUAUCCCUGGAGCAGAUUCUCCGGAGGUCUUUGGUCGUCGAUGACAGCAAUGCCUACGGCCACCCCCAGGUCAACGCGGAGGUGUCGACGGCAUUGCAGCUCCGCGGUGUUUUGAAGCUACUACUCGCAAAGGUUCCACGGUACCAUCACUGUACGAAAGAGGAGUUAGAGGAGCUCGCGGUCCGAGUGUCUCUGAUAAGCGUGCCGACGUUGUCAUGUACUUUUUACAACGACCCAGGUUGAUCUGCAUUAGUUUUCGGCAUCGUGAGCAGUAUGAAAAUGAAUGCGUGUUGAACUAAAUUUUUGAAUGCCGUUGCGCCAUGUUAUCUCGUCAUGGCGAAGCACCCAUGAAGCAUGAAGAUCCAAGCAAAACCAACCAUACCACAGGUUUGAUCCGGAAGGACAACCGAAUAGAGAACGACCACUACAUCCUCCUUGCUGGAAAAUGCAUUGGUGUCGAAGCGGGUGUGGAAGUGCUGGUGGACCAAAGUCUAACGCGGCUGUUCUCCACGGUGCAGAAGCACGGCAAGCCGGGGUACCGCGUCAUACGCCCCUUAGUAGACUCGGUCGUCUUCACCAAUGAGGCCACCGGGCGGCCAACCGAAGACAUCGUGGUGAUGUCGGACGAAACCGCGAUCUUUGCCCGCGUGUCCGCCGACCUGAAAUACCAAACGGCACUCCGAGCCUUGGCGCUGAAGAAGAAAAAGGUGCGGCUUCGGCAGGACAAAUUGUUCGCGAAGGACGACGAAGGGGAAGACGAGCACGAGGACGGCAAGAAACUGUCGCACGGUCCCAGAUACGAAGACGAAGACUGCGAGUAUUGGGAUUCAUAUGCUGGAUUUCUGCAAUCGGAAUUCGAAGAUGAUCGGUUGAUCUGCCUCCUAUAGCCCACAUUGAAUAGUUUCUACAGAAGAUGAUUUUUCUCUGCGCUCAGGUGCAAGCAAUAUUAUCAGUGUUUAAAUUCAUCAGCAGCACCACUACGAACCCCCACCAUCUGAAAAAUACCCCAGGUACCUGAUCGAGCACAUGUCCCCCGGCACCACUUCGCAACCCCUGUCCGUUUUCCUCUCGGAGCAGCGGAGUCCGAAACAGCAGGCGGAGUACGAUCCGGACCUGGAAAUCAUCGGCACCGGAUCGGACUCCGAGGAGGAGCACGAGUUUGUGUCCAAGGAGAAGUCCGCCGAAUUCAAGCCUGUGGCCUCCGAGUCCCGGGUCCGGAACGUGAUCAAGCACUACAAAAAAUUGAAAAACCGAUUGAGCAUCGCCAGUAACGAGGUGGAUCGCUCCUUAAUCAACAACGGGCGGAAGUGCAUGCUGAAGUCCGUGGUCGAAACCUUCCGGGACGGGGACCGUGAGUUCCAGAACCGAGACGUGGAAAAUUUGUUCCCCGACCACGCCGACGAGGAGGUUUUCAUGCGGGAAUUUUUAGACUACGCAAACAACGACGUGAUACCAAGGGAAGCCCAGUACCUGCAGCCCGCGCAAGCAACGCACCUCAAAUUGAGGGAGUUCUGGAGAAGGUAAGUAGUCGGCGUUCGCUUUGACUGAAUGAUUUGAUCUAUCUGGGCCUCGAUGCACAUGCAAUUGCGGCGCAGGCGUUUUGUAUGAUAGACUUUAUUCUUCAUUUGGACCGAGUUGUACACGUCGUGCAAGAGCAUUCCUACUCGAAUAUAGCACGACUUUGCUCCAGGUACCUCGCACAAACGAAUCCCGGCGCGUCGGAUAUGCUGCCUUCGACCAAAUCGGAACCGUUGCUGAAGAUCGAAGACAGCUCCGUGCGGAAAUCAGCGACGACAAAGAAUCCUUCCGCCACGCACCACGGCGACUUCCACCACCAGUCCAUGACGCCGGCCCACGGCAUGAUGAGUUCCUCCGCCGCGACGCCGCACGGCAGCCACAAUGUCCGACACAGCGCGACGAGCACGCGUGGCGGGUUCGGGCACCGGCACACGCUCUCCAUCCGGACGGAGAACAUGAACGGUGGUGGGUCUAGUUCCGCAGGAGCCCACAAUCUUCACAACGGCGGUGGUGGUUUCGGCCACACGCCGUCGGUCCGAAACGCCAGUCACACCCAUACACCCUCGGUCCGAAAUUUCGGCGGGCACAACAACAGUUCUGCCGUUGGUCAUCAACCGUCGACCAUGCGUCACUCGACGUCCAGUCCGCCGAAUAGCUUCGGCCACAAUUUAUCGCUCGGGGGCAAUUUCGGGGGAGGUUCGUCGCCGAGCAAGUCCGUGACGCACCAGCGGAGCACGAAGAGGAUAACGGAAAGCAGCUUCGAAGACACAACGGAGGUGUUCGAGAAGCCGGACCCGGAAAGGGCGAAGGAGUUCGGCAGAAUGUUAGAAAAAGCAAACGACAACACGAAGAAGGCCUUCGAGAAGAAAAACCCGAGAAUGGAAAAGUAUUUUCGAUAAAAAUAGGCGCAAGAAAAUGCAGUUCGUUAUUUCAUUUUUUUCGGCUUUUUUUUACUUUGAAGAUCAUCUUCCAGUUCCAUCAAAGGAAAUAGGCCAUAGAUAUAGAUCGAGAUCUUCCAAAACCAAAGAGACGAAACAACUAACUUCCGCUUUAUGAUUUUUACAGUAGCAAGACGGACCUGUACCGGCAGCGCAACGGGCAGCUUUCCGUGGAGAAGUUUCUGGAGUCCGCGCACGAACAGUUUCGGAAUUUGGAAGACGCCCGGAAGUCCAUGCUGACCGCGAUGUUUACGAUAAAGUACGCGGACAAAAACACCGAACUCCUCCGCCAGGGCCAGGACUGGCAGCAAGUGCUCGCGAUUGUCGGGGGGACUGUGGAUGUGUUUCUCGAAUUCGACCAGCAACAGUCCGACCAGCGGCCAUUCAAUAACUACAUCAAGGAACAAAGUCUCACCGUCUGCAAGCACAGCAGCAACGUGUUUGUCCGCGCGGGAUCGGGCAUCUGGUUCGGGAUGGUGGUAGACGAAGACGAAGCGGGCGGAGGAUCGAAUAAAAGGCAGUUCACGGCGACCGAAAUUGCGAUGAUGACCCAAGAGCUGGAAAGUCCGAAGGAUACCGGGAAAAGGAGAAGGAGAAACGUCAGGAAAACGGAGGACGAGGUAUUUGCUUCUAGUAGGGAAACAUAGUCGUGGAAGAUCAAGGUUUCAUUGCAACACGGGAGACCCAGAGGUGCAACACGGGCAUGCUUGCUUCUGUAUCAUUGCGUGAUGAAAGUUAGUACUUGAGUACCUUGGAUUUGCAUUGAUGACGUGAACAAACCAAAAGCUAAAUUAAAACUAAAUCCCAUAGGUCCAAGCCAAGCCGAAACCGCCGCCAAUAUGCCCGGUCACCGUAAUAACGCGAGAGGAAACGGUGUACGUGACUUGCCCCCGCGAAGCCUUCUCCCUCUUUCUCCGCGGGGAGGGGUUUGACAAAGUUUUCCACAUGGACAGGCUCAGCUGGAUCCCGUCAACCUCCGUGAUACAAGAAAAUCACAUGAACGACAUGCAGUGGACCAGAUUCAAGCACGAUUCAUUCAGGGUAUGAUCAUACAUGAACAUGAUAGAAAGAUACAUGGAUGUGCCACCUGUGGUUCUAAAAUUUACAAUGUUAGCUGCUUCACGACGUCAGAAAAUAAAAGUGAAAUGGCUGCUGUGCAUGACCGAGCUUUAAUAAUGCAACUAAUUCGUCUACGUCUAUUUAUUAGGACAUUCUCGCCGAGGGUAUUGAUGUGCGGGCGAAGUCCUACUACCAGUCGUGCAAGCCGACCCUGAUGCAGUGGUUCCGGUCCGACGGCCCGUCCGCAGCGUACAAGCACGUCCCGGCCGCAGCCAUGAGGAUACAGCGCGCCAAGUCGGCGGGCAACGUGAAGAAUCUGAAAACGCACGUAACGCAGUCGAUGAUUCCGUACACCAGUAGGUUCCUGAACAACCGCGUGCCACCCGGCGGCGGGCCGCUGAUGAGGACCAGUUGGAGCGGACCCUACAUGGAGUGGCUGUGGAGCACGGGGUAUACUGUUGUAGCGAUGCACAAAGUAAAGUUAAAGUAAGUAGUACAACAGAAGCAGGAGCUGGCACGAGCGGCGAGCACGAGAUACUUACUCUAAAGUCCGCUGGUGAUCUGGUAACCAAAGCGUAUUGGACAACUGAACUAGGUAAAGAGUUUGAAAAUGUAGUGCUUGAAUAUUUUCCGAAUAAAAAUGCAGGUACAACUUCGCCCACCGGCAUGUGUCCAGCCUGAAAAAAGGAGACCACCAAGCGGCGUCGCUGACGCAGCUGCUUCCCACGACGACCAGGAGAAAGCAGGCGUCGAAGUCAAAAAUCGCAAAAGGCUUUCACUGGGACGCGGAAAAGGAGGUCCGAGACAUGUACGUCCCCGCAGAUGACAAUCCCUGCGCCCCCGGACACGUCGUCACACGGAACAUGGGCUACAAUGCGUAAGGUGUAGCAGAUCCGAUUCUGGUGCUGUGGGGGCUGAGUUGAGAAACAACAACAGAAAUGCACGCAGCGACACUAGAUGAAGCAGUGCUGCAUCUACUAUGUAAAAUGCAUCAUGAUGAAGAAGUUGAAGUUUGAAAGUUUCAACUCUUCACUCUCCAAAACUGCAACGAACUGCAGCAAGAACUUCGUCAAAACGUAUAUCGAAGAAUAUGCAGAAAUAACAUCCAGAAAUAUAUACUUUUAACUUCGUUUAAACUCGAAUUCAAGCAGACAGAGGGCUCGCAGUCACAGGAGGUGUGAUGAGCAGUCCGACGUUCGUAUCCGAAAAUUCUAAUUUACGUUCUGAAUCAAGCAAAAAACUGAUUCUCAUCAGUGGCCGAAUUAAUUAUUGUGUUUUGACUCAAGAAGCUGGGUAGCGCUAGCGGCAUGAAGAUGAAGGCAUGCUCAUGCCCUCUAGUAAAGCUCAAGGUUGAAAAAUUUGAACUCGAAGUCUGGUUUGUAGAUUUCUUGUACGAUUGUACCGAAAUUUAGUUGGAAAUAGUCAGAUUAAGCCGAAGCUAUUUUUAACCAAAUGUACCCCGGACAGGCAUGAACUACAGCUUUACUUACCUUCACGACGGACGAGAGAGAAGCCAGCAGCUUCAUGCACCGUAUUCGUGAAGUCGAAGUGGAGUGUGGAAGAUCUCUUCAGACUCGUGUUGCAAAUCAACCAGCGAGGACGAUACGGAAACUACAUCGGACUUAAUGUUUCACUUCAUGUACAAUGUGAGAAAGAUGAUCACAGCAAAUAACUUGUACAAUGUAAAGGAUAAAAAAACAUGCAGCCGUGCGGGUCCCGGCUCACGUGUUGGCCGCGUGAACAAAAGCGCAGAGCCUACUCUAAAAAAAUUUGUGAGGGCUACGUCCUGAAAAGCAUGGCAUUAGAAAUAGCAU